AUGAAGCUUUUUCCGUUCAGGUUCGUCUGUCUGCUGGCGUUGGGCUGCUUCGUGUCGGUCAGCUGGAUCCGCUCGUUCCCCGGUGAUGAAGGUCCAGUGGCACCGCCGGACCUGCAGAUGCUGCACGAGCGCCUGGUUUUGGCCGAGGAGUUGGGAGGGAAGGUCAGCAAAGAUCUCAGCAGCGUCUUGGAGCAGCUGAGGAACAUGUCCAAAGCUGCCAACGGCAGCACGUCUGCAGAAGCAGUAAAGGAGCCUGCAGCUAAUUCCAGCUGGCAGCCAUUCCUCCAGCCCAACAUCUACCUCUACAUGCCCCACCUGAGGCAGCACCCAGACAGCCUUGUGCCGAACGUGCUGCUGGGACGAGGACGCCGCGGAGUGUCCAUCGUCGUGGGUAUUCCCACAGUGAAGCGUGAGAAGCAGAGCUACCUGGUCAACACUCUCAGCUCUUUGCUCUUCAGUCUGACGUCCUCGCAGCGCAGAGAUCUCCUCGUCGUCGUCUUCGUUGCUGAGACAAACUCUGACUAUGUGAACAGCAUCGGAGACACCAUCAGGAACAAUUUCCUGAAGGAGGUGCAGUCCGGACUGCUGGAGGUCGUCUCCCCGUCGCAGUUUUAUUACCCAGACUUCAGCAGCCUCGCAGAGACCUUCGGUGACUCCAAGGACAGAGUCAAAUGGCGAACAAAGCAGAACCUGGACUUCAGCUUCCUGAUGCUCUACGCUCAGGACAGAGGAACCUAUUAUGUUCAGUUAGAAGAUGAUGUUGUUGCAAAGGCAGGCUACUACAGCGACAUGAAGACCUUCGCCACCAGGGAGGAGUCCAAGCCGUGGCUCUACCUGGAGUUCUCCCAGCUGGGAUUCAUAGGCAAGAUGUUUCGGACCCGUGACCUCCCAAUGAUCGCUGAGUUCUUCCUGAUGUUCCACAGAGACAAACCCAUCGACUGGCUGUUAGACCACAUCCUGUGGGUGAAGGUGUGCAACCCGGAGAAAGACCAGAAACACUGUAAUGGACAGAAGGCGUUGCUCAAGCAGAGGUACAAGCCUUCCCUCUUCCAGCAUGUCGGCCUGCACUCCUCUCUGCCCGGAAAACUCCAGAUUCUCAAGGACAAGGACUUUGAGAAGCAGACUCUGUACCAGGCCCAUGAAAACCCAACUGCAGAGCUGAGCAGCAGCAUGAAGCACUACCAGCAGCACAGUCUGGACCGGCUUUACAGAGGACAAGACUUCUUCUGGGCACUGACACCCGUCCAGGGCGACUACGUCCUCCUCAGCUUCCCCCGACCGAUCCGCAUAUCUGGGUACCUGUUUCGCAGUGGAAAUAUAGAGACCGGCAGAGAUAAACUCUACAACACAACAGUGGAAGUUCUGGCCAGCAACGCGUCAGCCAGACACAAACUAGUCAUCGACUCGUCUUCACACUUUAAAGAAUCCGAUCAAGGCUUCAUCGUCAUCGGUAAAUUUGAAAAUGGAGUCGCUGAAGGUGAGAUUGAAGAAGCGCUGCAGCCGGUUUCUGCACUUCGCCUGGUGGUCCAGUCCAACUCCGACGUCUGGGCUGUUCUGAGUGAGGUUUUCAUCCAAGUUUAACGGAUAGCCUGUCCAGUGCUGCACCAGAGCAAACUGCUCCACCUGCUGGACAAAGACUUCCUCUACAGGGACUUCUUCAUGUGAGGAUUACCUGAAGUGCCUGGACCAGAGAUGACUGUGGUCUGAGCCGAAGGAGCUCCUGUGGUUAGUCUGGACCAAGAUGAAACACGCUGAACAUGGGACGGGCAUCUUUUCUUGUUGAGAACUGACCUGAAGGCGAAGUGACUGCACUCACCAACCAGAGCCACUCAGGAGUAACUUAUUGCACUAUCACAUUAUAUUUUUUGUAAUAAAUAAAGAAAAUAUG